UUAGAGAUUGCGCAUGCUGAGCGCGGAGCAUCUGAGCUAGUGAGAGAAGGGACAGGAGAAAAAGAGGAAGGAGGGGGAGACCGAGAGAGAAAGAGAACAGGAGCCUCUGAAUAGAGAGCGAGGCGGGCAUAAAGAGCCGGAUCGCGCUCAAACACUGCAGUCUUUCUUUUUGCUUCUUUGAAGAAGCUCUCUCUUCUCGCUCACUGGCCAUGACCCCGCCGGACGCCUUUAUCUCCAAGCCCACCUAGGGAGGCGGAGACGAACGAGGAGGAAGGGACCCGAAGAGGGACUCGCAAUAAGACAAUAUGAGGGAUUUGAUGUCUGUGGGCAGUCAAGAGAAAAAGGAGUAACCGCAACACUCUUUGGAUAGCUUAAGCAAGUUAGGGCGGAAGUAAAAGAAGGACUAAGGAGUUCUACUUCACAAAGAUUGAGUUGCGCAUGUAUUUUAUCCAUUCCUUCAUGCUUGUUGACGUUCCAUAUCAGCAUCCGUCUCAUUUUCACCGCAUGUCAGCAAAAAAUCCCAGUGCUGAGACACGGCAUGCCUUUUAGAAGUUGCCUGCAGAGACCUAGAUCGGAAACUUCUAAUGAGACGAGGUAGGGCAUUGCCGUAUCAUCUCGACAGUCCUAAGAAGCUCGGAUUUAGACGAGGGGGUGUGAAAGCCCUCCAAUCAACUGCCUGAUUAAAGUAUUCGGAGAUGAAGCUGCGAACCAUCUUAUCUGCCGGGGCUUGACACCUGUGUUUGAGGGAUUAGAGAACGGGAAACAGGCAUGGUCAGAUAUGUGUGUGCUGGGAUUAUGUCCUAAACACACAAGAAUUACACAGGUGUUGGGGCAGGAUUAUGCAAACUCUCCUGCUGUAUUAUAGGCUUUAGGAGUCAGGUGAAUGACAGAGCAUUAUCUCCGACAGAUUAACUAUGACUCCGAGGAUAUAAUUUAAUCAUCUGCUCCAGGAUUUGAAAGUUUCCAGAUUGACUUUAGAGGUAAACUGAGGAUAGGUGAUAACACCCACAGGAUUCGGCAUCAUCACCCCCUCAGUGGAAUGACUCCUGCUUUGUGAACUGUUCAAAAACUUGCAUCAUGAGACGCUCAAGCACAGACGAGACGCCUUACCGGCGCAGUCCGUCUCUGGACAGCAAACCCGACACGCCACCGUUCUCGUCCGGCUUCCACCGCUUCGGCGGGGAGUUUGAAUACAAACGGCCGCCCUUUGCGUUCGGCUUCCACACGACGAAGGGGCCGCAAACACCCAAGGGCCGCUACGGCCAGGGGAAGAAGUAUGUGGUGUUUUACCUCGACCUCUCCUUCAUAUUCCUCCUAGAACUACGGCGCUGCAGGAUGGCUGAAGGUUGCAUGAUGGCUCUGCGUUAUGGGAUGGUCUUCUUCAACCUACUGUUCUGGUUGGGAGGAUGCGGCAUACUGGGGGUCGGGGUGUGGCUGUCAGUGACCCAGGGCAACUUUGCCACGCUGUCGUCGUCCAUCCCGUCCUUGUCGGCGGCCAACCUGCUCAUCGCGCUGGGGACCAUCAUCAUGGUGAUUGGCUGUCUGGGCUGUGUGGGAGCUGUCAAAGAGAGCCGACCCCUUCUGCUGGCAUUUUUCAUCCUUCUUCUGCUCAUCUUUUUCCUGGAGAUCCUGUCCAUCAUGCUGUUCUUCAUCUACCAAGACAAGAUUGACCACUACGCCCAGAGGGAUUUGAAGAAGGGCCUACAGCUUUUUGGCACUGAGGGCAACGUGGGUCUGACCAACGCCUGGAUGAUCGUCCAAACUGACUUCCGCUGCUGCGGCGUGACCAACCACACCGACUGGUUUGAAGUUUACAACGCCUCCCGUGUGCCGGACUCCUGCUGCCUGGAGUACAGCGACAACUGUGGCCUAGACAACCCAGGAACAUGGUGGACAGCGCCGUGCUACGAGCGAGUGAAGGACUGGCUUAAUGAGAACCUGGUGGCCCUGUGGAUCUUUGCUCUGUGCACAGCACUUACUCAGAUUCUGGGCCUGGUCUUCUCCAUGACGAUGUUCUGUCAGGCUGUCAAAGUCGAAACCUUCUACGCCUAACCCUUCACUCCUCCCGACGCAUACCAGUACUCACAUCCAACAAGCACAGUGUUACACCUUUCCUAUCGUUUGCUGUGUCCAGUACUAAUUUCUGUGAUGCAUUUUACCCAGCAGUAUAACAAACAUGUGUUAAACAAUGUAAUCCUUUUUUAAUGUGUUGGUUUUAAAUUAUUUCAUGUUUUUACGUGUUUUCAAGCCAGAGGGUGGGGGGGGGGUUCAGCGAGGAAAGUGCACUGGUGAGGUGCGGCAAGUGCAUGUCUCCUGCGAUGGUGUGUAAUAAAUGUUUUGGAUCUACACAACAGUCGGUGUUCCAUUACUCAUCAUCACACAAUGCUCGAGGCUUUCAGCGUGUAAUCCAGUUUUUGUAUCAAAAAGGAUUCUCCCGACAAAGGAAGAUGAUGGUGUUGUUGCGGUACAGGGGGAAGAAGACGGCACGGAAUGCAGGGACAUCGAUUAGCUUUAUUUAUUAAGAUGCAAUGAGGCGUGUAACUAAACCAAAAUGUAUAUGUGUGCGACUAUGUGUAGUGAUUAUAUGUUGAGUGUUUCCGGGAGUUGUUGAAGGUGCUUGUUGAGUGAGAGGCGGAAGUCCAAGAAGGGCAAGAAAAAGCUCGGAAGGUCCGUGGGCAGGCGUGAGGUCAAGGGCAGGGAUGAGGCUUCAGAGUCCGUGUCCAGGCGGGAGGUCAAGAUCCAAGAGGCGGCCAGGGAACCAGAGGGAAUAGGGCAGGGGUCGGCAACCUUUACCAGUCAAGGAGCCAUUUUGACCAGUUUCACAAAUUAUAGAAAACAAUAGGAGCCACAAAA